AUGUUUUCGUUUGCAAAGAAGUUGGUCGAUAGACUUGAAGGGCAAGCGAGCCAGGAUGACUCGUUUAAUGAUGCAUAUUUCAAGAAUGCAACGCAUAUAAACAAUAGAGGGUAUGGUCUUCGUGUGUUGAAUGUAGUUGCGCAUUCUAAGGCUCAUGAAUAUGGAUUUGAAUCAUGGUUCGAUUAUAUUAUUAAGAUUAAUAAUCACGAAUUGCCCUUACUUCAUGCCUUUUCAACUUAUUCAUAUACGAUUAAUGAAGAUGGCACCAUCAAUUACGGCAAUAGUACCACUGCCGAGCAGGCAGCAGCCGUCAACUUUGACUUGUUAAAUAAAGAGUUGACUACAUUAGCUCAACACAAACAAGACCUCAUUCUUGACGUGUGGAAUGCUAAAGGCGGUGUCAUAAGGCAAAUUAGUAUCCCCUUGGAAGAGGAGGAAGAGGAGGGGGAGGAGGGGGAAAAGACUGAGGAGAAAGGGGAAAAGACUGAGGAGAAAGGGGAAAAGACUGAGGAGAAAGGGGAAAAGACUGAGGAGAAAGGGGAAAAGACUGAGGAGAAAGGGGAAAAGACUGAGGAGAAAGGGGAAAAGACUGAGGAGAAAGGAGGUGCAAAGUCUUUGAAAAAAUUGGGUUUAACCGUUGAGUCGCAGCAUUUGAACACCGCGACAUUUGUGUGGAGAAUAUUGAACACGCAUGUAGGAUCACCAGCAUUUCGGUCUCAAUUAGUUCCUCAUUCUGAUUUUAUUAUUGGAUGUGACUCUGCAUUUCCCAAUGACCCUAAUUCCAAAGGUUUGUUAAGUAAAGGAGGUGAGUCACUCUUGUCCAACACAAUAUUAAGCUACUACAACCAUCAUUAUGCACAAUCGGGAGAAGACAAUAUACCUAUAACACUAUAUGUUUAUAACCACGAUUACGAUAUUUUACGUCCCGUCACAGUGAAUCUUUCACGCCAAUGGGGAACGGGUCAUAAUAGGGGUAUUCUUGGUUGCGAUGUUGGUUAUGGGUUAAUACAUAGAAUUCCUGAAGUUGUAGGGAAAUUUGAAAAAAAUUCCAUAAUAGAUGACGUGUUGUUUCAAUCUGAGAAUACCGCUGUGGAUCUUGACACCUCCACCAAUGUUGUUUUAUCGGCACCGCCUCCAUUGGGCGCAACAAAACCAUCUACGAGAUCAGCUAGAAAGAAGAAACAUAUAGUAGCUGAUAGCCAAGAGUUGAAUGAUUAUAUGAAUGAAGAAUUGGAUAAAUCAAAGAAAUUGGAAGAUAGUGUGAAGCAUGAGACUGGAGAUCUUGUUCCACCACCACCACCACCAACAACAGCAACAACUAAGGCUGGGUAA